UUAACUGCACGAGCGAAACGCACGCUCUCCCUUUUGGGUUUCAUGUGUUUAUUCCGGACGCACUUUUCUCUCCACCAGGACCAGGAUUAUGCUGUCCCUGCUCAGACCUGAGACUGGCUCUGUGGCCGGGGAACUUGAUGAGACCCUCAGACUCCCAUCAGCCUGGGCUCGGCUGGUGUGAUGAGCCCGAGAGCCUCCCGCGUUUCCUGUGACGCAGGACAGCCGCACCGCGCACUUUGGAGAACUGCGAGAAGCGGAAAAAAAGCGCGUCCGUGACUUUGGUCUUCUGUAACCAUCGUCCCUGGUGUGAACGCGUCUUUACAGUGGUGACGAUCCCGACACACUGAGAGCGACUAGUGCUGUCUGUGGGAGGACAGGGACACAGUCUCCGGAGCGUCAUCCCUGGCUGAGCGGCGGGGAGUCGAACGGACACCUGCAGGUGAUCCGGGGCGUCAGAAACCUGCUAUUUAGAGGAAUUUACCGCUUCUCCGUCAGUUCAGCACAACACUUGUGCUCUGAAGAGAAAAAGUGGAUUUGCAUUUGGAUUUAAUGUUUUGGUUGAUGGAUGCUGAUGCGGAACCGGACCGAGUCCCCGCGGAGGAAUUUAGCAUAAAAUGUUUGUGUGAUGUGAAAAACUGCUGGAGACAGAAAACAUCUGUCUGACCUGUGACUCUGACAGAGGAAACAUCUGCUCCUGCUGCGGAGAGAAAAGGUUUCUGGAAGAAUGUAAAACUGGAGCUGCUGAGACCCUGAAGCACCACCUCCUUCACUGCCUCAGACAGCUAUGUCCAACACAGGAACCUGUACCGCAGAUAAACCUCGGGGUCAGUGUUAGUAGGUGCCGUGGUUGACCCUGCCCUGGGUGAGGGGGAACUCCAUGGUCUGGCUCAUCCCGUCCUCGCCACACCACUGCUACAGCCACUUGCCUGUUGAUUGUGCGAUCAUAUUACGCUCCCUUUCCCUACAGCUCAAUUUACCGCAAAAUGGCGGAGGGUUUGAAGUCCCCGAGCGUCACUGGGCACUGUUUCCUCUCUUUAUUGAUGCUUAAGAGCUGCUGGCUGCUAGGUGCCACCUCCCAGAAGCCCACCGUGUUGACGGACUCCCAGCAGCCCCAGCAGGAGUAUGCCCACUCCAUCCGGCUGGAUGGUGACAUCAUCCUGGGCGGCUUGUUCCCCGUGCACGCCCGCGGCGAGAGGGGGGUUCCCUGUGGUGAGCUGAAGAAGGAGAAGGGUAUCCACCGGCUGGAGGCCAUGCUGUUUGCCAUCGACCUCAUCAACAAGGACCCAGAGUUGCUGCCCAACGUGACGCUUGGGGCACGUAUCCUGGACACGUGUUCGCGUGACACCUACGCCUUGGAGCAAUCACUCACCUUUGUCCAAGCACUCAUUGAGAGGGAUGGCUCCGACGUCCGCUGUGCUAAUGGAGAUCCACCUAUCUUCGCCAAACCAGAUAAAGUGGUGGGCGUCAUUGGGGCGUCGGCCAGCUCUGUGUCGAUCAUGGUGGCCAACAUUCUGCGCCUGUUCAAGAUUCCUCAGAUCAGCUAUGCCUCGACGGCUCCAGAGCUCAGCGACAACACACGCUAUGACUUCUUCUCCCGUGUGGUUCCUCCGGACUCCUACCAAGCUCAGGCCAUGCUGGACAUCGUCACAGCGAUGGGCUGGAACUACGUGUCUACACUCGCCUCCGAGGGAAACUACGGCGAGAGUGGCGUUGAAGCCUUUGUCCAGAUCUCCAGAGAGUCAGGUGGAGUUUGUAUCGCUCAGUCUCUGAAGGUUCCUCGGGAGCCGAGACCCGGCGAGUUUGACAAGAUCAUCCUCCGUCUGCUGGAGACGCCCAACGCCCGCGCUGUCAUCAUGUUUGCAAACGAGGACGACAUUCGGCGAAUCUUGGAUGCUGCGAAACGCAACAACCUGACAGGUCACUUCCUGUGGGUGGGCUCUGACAGCUGGGGCUCCAAGAUCUCUCCAGUGGUCCAGCAGGAGCGGGUGGCCGAGGGCGCCGUCACCAUCCUCCCCAAGAGGGCCUCUGUGGACGCGUUUGACCGUUACUUCAAGAGCCGCUCCCUGUCCAAUAAUCGCAGGAAUGUCUGGUUCGCUGAGUUUUGGGAGGAGAACUUUAGCUGCAAGCUGGGGAUGCACGGCAAGAGACCCGGCAGCCCCAAGAAAUGUACAGGGUUGGAGAAAGUUGGCCGUGACUCCACCUACGAGCAGGAGGGGAAGGUUCAGUUUGUGAUGGACGCAGUGUACGCCAUGGCCCACGCUCUGCACCACAUGCACCGCGAUCUCUGUGCUGGAUACCCUGGCCUGUGCCCCCGCAUGGCCAACAUUGAUGGAAAGGAGCUGUUGGCCCACAUUCGCGCCGUUGGCUUUAACGGAAGUGCAGGGACUCCGGUCACAUUCAACGAGAAUGGUGAUGCUCCCGGACGCUACGACAUCUUCCAGUAUCAAAUCAACAAUAGGUCGGUGGCAGAAUACAAGGUCAUUGGACACUGGACCAAUCAUCUGCAUCUAAAUAUGGACACCCUGCAGUGGACCACCGGCGACUCCUCCCUGCCGGCUUCGGUGUGCAGCUUGCCCUGCCAGACCGGCGAGAGGAAGAAGGUGGUGAAGGGCGUCUCAUGCUGUUGGCACUGUGAGCGUUGUGAGGGAUACCACUUCCAGGCCAGUGAGUUCACCUGUGACCUCUGCCCCUACGAGAAGAGACCUGACCAGAACCGCACAGGCUGCCAGCCUAUCCCUAUCAUCAAGCUGGAGUGGCACUCGCCCUGGGCGCUGUUGCCCAUCUUCAUCUCUGUUUUGGGCAUCAUCGCCACCACCUUUGUCAUCGUCACCUUUGUUCGCUACAAUGACACACCCAUUGUUCGGGCCUCAGGGCGAGAGAUGAGCUACGUGCUGCUGACAGGCAUCUUCCUGUGUUACAUUAUCACCUUCCCCAUGAUUGCUGCACCUGAUGUUGUCGUCUGCUCGUUCCGUCGCAUCUUCCUGGGACUCGGCAUGUGCUUCAGCAACGCUGCGCUGCUUACCAAGACCAACCGCAUUCACCGCAUCUUCGAGCAGGGUAAGAAAGCAGUGACGGCGCCACGCUUCAUCUCACCAGCCUCCCAGCUUGUCAUCACCUUCUCGCUCAUCUCGGUCCAGCUGCUGGGUAUCCUCGUGUGGUUCGCCGCCGACCCACCGCACACUUUUGUGGACUAUGGUGAACAGCGCACGCAGGAUCCUGAGAAUGCUCGCGGUGUCCUCAAGUGUGACAUCUCUGACCUGUCGCUCAUCUGCUCUCUGGGAUACAGCAUCCUCUUGAUGGUCACAUGCACUGUUUACGCCAUCAAAACGCGCGGCGUGCCAGAGACUUUUAACGAGGCCAAACCCAUUGGAUUUACUAUGUACACAACCUGCAUCAUCUGGCUCGCCUUCAUCCCCAUCUUCUUUGGCACAGCACAGUCGGCAGAGCGGAUGUACAUCCAGACGGCCACGCUGACCGUCUCCCUCAGCCUCAGCGCCUCUGUCUCUCUGGGCAUGCUCUACAUGCCGAAGGUCUACAUCAUCAUCUUCCACCCCGAGCAGAAUGUCCCCAAACGCAAACGCAGUUUCAAGGCCAUUGUCACUGCCGCAACCAUGACCAGCAAGCUGUCACAGCUGGCAGCUGAGCGGCCCAACGGCGAGGUGAAGACAGAGCUGUGCGAGGGUGUGGAGGCCAGCGUGCCACCAACAAAAAACACCUAUGUCAGCUACACCAACCAUGCCAUGUGAAAAAAUGACGCCUUCGACACGAGGACGUCCUGGGACAUUUAACAAGCAGAUUUCUGUCAGACUCAAAGGAGAUGUCACCAGAGCCCAAGACAGAAAGGAGGUGCUCUGAACAAUCUGAAGGAUCAGAACGAAGUCCUGACAAACUGAACCAUUACAUCUGUGGUGUUUUUAUGUUUACAGACACACAAACAGGGAACGGGCCUGAAUGGCGCCAAAAAAGUCAAAACCAUCUGAGAGACCAUGAAAGCAGGAGGAUGGUAACCUGAAAGACAAAAAAAAUCUAAUAAAACAAGUCUUCAAAAAGAAAUUAAAAAAAAGUUAUUGUGGGGACCAACCAUAUUUGUUGUUAUUCUAAUUGUACGUUUAAAAAAAAAACUUGUGGUUGUGAAAAUUUCUGAUUCUUGUCUCAUGUCGUCCGUCUGUCGACCUACAUUAUGAGAUGAGUCCGUCGCUGUUUUUGGCUAACUGAACGGUAGCUGUUGGUUGUGAAAUGUCCAAAUGCCAUGGUUGAAUUGAAGCAUGCCCGUUUUUUAUACAAAUGAUCUAUUUAUAAUAAAGGAAUGUUUCACAAGA